CUCAUUGCCCAGUAGAAAACCUGCGACACCCAAGGUCCUUAUCUGAUAUCUCCGAUAACAAUGGAGCUGAAUUAGAAAUUUACGGGAAGCGCAGAAGAGUCGUAUCCCAACAGAAGCACCACCCGCCACGGCCAAGCCCUCCUCUUGACAACAGGAAAGCAACAGCUCAGAAACUGGGACAAAGCCAUGGAAAGGUUCAGGGAAGCAGUGUUUGCACGCGCCAUUGCCAUUAGCAAGAACAAGUGCCUGUCAGAAGAGAGAAGGAAGCUCAUCGAAGACCAUCUUCGCUCUAUAUCCACUGUCAUCUUGCGCACCCCAACUCACCUCCCUUAUGCUGAGAUGAUACAGAGUGCUAUCAGGAGCUUGAACGAAGAGGGUGGUUCCAGUGAAGCUUCUAUUUCGAAAUACAUCGAAGCAAACUACAAUGGUCUUCCAUGGGCUCACUCCCACAUUCUGCCUUUCCAUCUCGCCAGGCUCACCAAGGCGGGUGAGAUCGUUGAAUCUUCUGGUUCCCGUUAUUCCCUCUUCGAACCAGGUCAAAACCCUAACUCUCACCCUCCAAAGCGACGCAGGAAGACUAACUGCAACUAUCGAGACUUCGAGGAGGAGAAGGAAGGAACAGAAGGAGACGAAGAAGAGGAUUGUAAACAGAAGAUGCGGCAUCCGAAGCAGCACAGAUGUCGAAGUAGAUGUUCUAGCGAUGUUGUUAAUGGCGCUAAGGUCCGACAAAGGAGGCAAGCUGCGGUUGUGAUGGAGGAGGAGGCUUUACAGAAGCAGCAGCCUACAAGGCAUUCCAUGAGAAGGAGGUCUGAACGACAAGCCCAAGAACAAGAACGAGUGGGGAGUGAGUUAAUGCCGUUAUGCUUGGACGGUGAUGAUGAAGGGCCAGUGAAUCCACCGUCCGAGCCACCUACAGGUGUGAUGCAAGAAUGGCCCUCCAAGCAGCAGCAACAACAACAAUGGACGACGCGACGGGGAAGGUCUGCUAAGAAACGUAGACUUGAAACAGAGACUCCCCCAAAAGAACAAGCGGAAAUCAAUCCGAUUCCUUCAUCCUCUGGUAUCGUCGAUGAGCAUGGCUCGGAGCCCUUGCAGCAACGACAAGAAGGAAAAGGGGAAAUAGAAUCAUGUGCCACUGUUGAUGCUGAUGUUAUGGUUAUGAUCGAGGAGCCACCCUCACAGGUGCAGGAGCAGCUGCAGCAACCAAAGCUUAAUCAUAAUGAUCAUGGUAUGAGUUUUGUCGAGGGAACUGAGUCAAUGCGAUCAUGUCCUGUUGCCCCGGAUGAUCAUGGGUUGACUGUCUUAUCCAACAAUUGUAAUAGGGCCUUGGUGGAGGAGAAGAGACCUGUGAUUGAAGAAGAGGAACUCAUUUUGCAGGAGCAGACACCAGAGCGUAAUGUCAAUGGUAAUGGUGGGUUGAUGAACUGGUCUAUUUGGCCUCAAACAGCUUUAAUAGAACAGAAGGUUCCUUCACAGCAGCAGCAGAGGAAACGAGGUAGGCCUCCUAGGAAACAAUUGCCUAGACAACAGCAACAACUACUACAAGAAAAAGCAGAGAAAAAUAAAGCAGUUGAAUCAUGUGAUGUUACUACUGAUGAUCAUGGGCUGAUGAUCCUAUGUAGUAAGUCCAGCUCUGUGAUUGAAGAGAAAGGGCCCUCUUCACGGGAGAAGGGGCAAGGAGAAGAAACACCAGAACCAGGCGAUAUUAAGUUGAUGCCAUCAUGCUCUGGGGACAAUGAUAAUCAUGACUUGGUGGCAUCACUGGGUAGGGCUUCUAUUGCUGUAAUGGAAGAGAAAGGGCCCUCACAGCAGCAGCAAAAGCCAAGAGGACGAGGUAGGCGUUAUAAGAAAACAGUGCCAAGAGGACGAGGUAGGGAUCAUAAGAAAGCAAUGUGCCGACAGCAAUAUCAAUUACAAACAAAACACGAGGAAAAUAGUGAAAUUGUGAUGUUUUCUGUUACUGAUGAUGAUUAUGGUAUGGCUUUUAUAGAGGAGCAACUGUCUGUGGUUGAUGUGGAGACCCCUUUACUGGAGCAAGAGCAGCAGCAAUCAAAGCAUAAUCUUGUUGAUGAUCAUGGAUUGAUGGAUCCACUAAGUGGGCCAUCUCUGAGUGUAAUGGAAGAGGAGCCAAAACUGCAGUAUCUACAACUGGAAGUGGGAAACAAGGAAAUUGAACCAUGUGAAUUUACUGCUGAUGAUCAUGAUUGGAUGGUUCUAGGUAGCAAGUCUAUUACAUCUAUGAUCAAGGAGGUGCCCUCUCUGAUUGAAAAGGAACUCACUUUGCAGGAGCAGGAGCAACAAGUGAAACCACAUCUUAGGGACAAUGACUGUUUAUUGAUGGACCAACCCGGUAGCCAACCUAUGGCUCUAAUUGAAGAGCAGGAAACCUCAGACCAUCAACAGUCAUGGAGGAUACGAGAUAUUGAGCACCAAGAACAUCUACAGGGACAGCAAGCAGAGUGCUAUGAUGCUGGUAAUGGGCUGAUGGACCAACCUACUGGGCCACCUACAACUGUAAUAAGGGACAAAGAGCCCUCACAGAAUCAGCCACUGAGGCAACAAGGUAGGUAUCCAAAGAAAUUCUAUGGACAUAAAUGUCUAAAGGAAGAUCGCCAUGAUGAUAAUGAGUUGAUGAACCGGCCUAAUGGGCCACCUGUAACCAUAGUGGAGGAGGAGCCCUCACAGAAUCAGCCACUGAGGCAACAAGGUAGGUAUCCUAAGAAAGUUUAUAGACGAAAAAACCUACAAGAAAACGGUGGGGGAACUGAGGCAAUGCAAUUAUAUGCUGCUACUGUUGAUUAUGGGUUGAUGGUCCUGCCUGGUAAGUGUAUAUCUACCAAAAAACAGUUUUAUAGACAAAAACAACAGCUACAAGAAAAAGAUGGGGGAACUGAGGCAAUGCAACCAUGUGCUGAUACUACUGCUGAUAAUGGGUUGAUGGUCCUACCUAGUACUUCUGUAUCUACUGAUAGUGAGAUCAAGAAGAUGCCUUCUGUGGUUGAAGAAAAACAGAUGUUUCCACUGGAGCAGGAGCAGCAAGAGCAGCAUACCUCAUUGAAGCAGGAGCAGCAGCAUCAACAACCAAAACGCCGAGGUAGGCCACCCAAGCCCAAGUACACUAGACCAGUUCUCAUGGUGAAGUAUCCAGACCAAGGUAGGUCCCCAAAGCCCAAGCCAGAGGCACCAGUGUCUGAACAGCAGAAACUACAGCAACAAGAGGUAGAAGUUAGAUCUGAGACACUGCAGUCACAUGUUGUCACUGGUGAAAAUGGCUUAAUGCUCCUAGAGAAAGAACUUCCUUCACAGGAGCUUGACCAGCCAAGUCCCUCACUAGAAGAGGAGAAACAGCAUCAGCAGCCAAAGCGUCGAGGUAGGCCUCCCAAGCCCAAACCAUCCAAACUAGUUAUUGAGAUGAAGUAUCCAGUUCAAGAUAAGCCUCCAAGCCCAAGCCAGACACAAGUUCUGAAUGUGAAGCGUCCAGGUCAAGGCCGGCCUCCUAAAGCCAAAGUCAACAACAGCUAGAGUGGAGGUACAUAUUUCUGUAUGAUUAUUAUCCUUUUGAUAGAGUUAUAAUCAGACUAUAGACUUAAAAUUUAUAUCAACAAAUUAAUUUCUUAUUUCUUUUUUAAUUUUAUAAUUGAUUAUUCUUUUCAUUGAUGGACUUGCUCAUUGAUUUGUGGAACAGUAAAAUGACUUCUGUCUUCCCUUUCAGAUUUGAAUGAUAAGAACAGCAAAGACAAUUGGUGAUGAUCAUAUUGAAUUCAUUUCUCCAAUGACAUACUUCGUACAUUAUUCAUUAACCUACAGCACAAGUAGUUUAAUUAGGAUGUGCCCUCCUGCAAUUUAUAAAGUUAGAAUGGAGACUUGACUUUUCUGAGUUUUGAAAGUUCAUCACACUUCAAACUUUGUCCAGUAUAUUUGUAUAUCAUUGAUCAGUGGAAACAUCUUACUCAGUUAUUUGUCCUUAGUUCUGAUCUUUCCUUGUUUUAUAUGCUCCAAGCUUUUAGAUGAUGCUUCCAUUGAGCUACUUGCUUCAGAUGUAUAUGCUCCAGCAUUCAUAUAUGUCAAGUUAAAUUUACAUUUUCCAGCAUUUAAAAUUUAGAGUGGUUAUAAAGAUAAAGGGGCCAUUGCUUGCUGUAAUGAUAAAUUCUUGGGCUCACAAACAUAAGGACAUGAUUUGAGUCUGAGAGUUGCAGCUUUGUGCAAAAAAAUGCCAUAACUUAGGUCUGUAUCCAGUCUACUAAUUCUCUGAAGAUCACAAAUAGCUGGGACCAGCAUUGGACCCUUUUCAGUGAUUAGAAAGCUAAGAGCAUUAAGAUUAUGAACUUCUAUAUUUUAAAAGUCAAUCAAUAUAUAUUGUUCAUCAAAAUCUCUCUCCCUCUCUCCUCCACUGUCUCUCUUUUUGGGACCUCCACACAAGAGCCUCAAAUCACAUCAGCUUUUGAAAGGGAUGACACUUCAUUAACUGAUCUGGAAAAAAAAAAUCCAGAAACCAACACAUCUUCAAGACUACAAAGCAUCCACUGCACUUCUCUCUCUCCAACCUGAGAACAGGGGUAAGUGGUUAUUUCAAUCUACUCACAAGCUUCACUACAGGGCUCUUCUGGCCCACCAUUUAUCCACCAUAUAUGCAGAAUGCCAAAUACAACAACAGCCUCAGCGGUGCAAGCGGGAAUCACCUAAGUAGCAUCUUGAAUCUAUUAGUUCCUUUGAAGUUUACAGCGAGCAACUGCAACUAUAGGAUAAGGCAAGCCUAAAUCUUCUUAUUGAAAAUUCCUUUAUUACUUUUAUUUCUCUAGUAUCAUAGUCUCCUACAUUGUGAUCUACUUGUUACAUUAUUUUGAAGCUUUAUACAGUAGGUUACAAUUAAAGCCUUAGUUCCAAUAAGAUUUGCAUCCCUUGGCUCUUAUGUGUACUCAUUUAAUUUUAUUCCUUGGUAUCCUAAGUUUAAGACUCAUUAAUUCUUUUAUCAUUGGGAGAAUCUAAAAUCACAUAUUAACAUAUAUUCAUUAAUCAUCAUUUUUUUUUAGCUUUCACAUUUUGUACUCCCACACAUGGUGUGAAGGAAAUCAGUCAGUGGAUUGGCUAGCUCAAAAAGGGCACUCUACUUUCAUUUCUAAUCUUCAGAAUAUUGGUUUGGAAUUAGCUUAUGAUUUUUUUUAUGAAUGUGUGACGUAUGGAUGUUCUCCAUGCCUCCUAUACCCCACCCAAGAGAAGGGAAGAUAAUGAACUUGUGGUCCCUGUGCAGUAUCUUGUUGAACAAUUUGUUACGCGUGUUUUGUUCAAUUUAAUACAAUACUUCACCUUUUUUCUCACAAAAAAAGAAAGAAAGAAAGAAAGUGGUGUAUCCUUGGGAAGAUUAACACUUGUGAGUUGUGACAUGCUACAGAAAAGAAGGCCAAAUAAGUGCCUCUCUUCUCAUGUGUGUCCUUUGCAAGGAAAUUGGUGAGACCCUCCCCCAUUUACUAUCACCUGCCCCUUUGUAUCAUGUAUAUGGAAAUAUGUCUGUUCUCUCUUUGGUUGUAGACGAGACCCCCAGAGGAUGUGGUAGGCUUAUUCAACUCCAAUUAAGGAAACAGAAGAAGAGAGGAAGAGUUAUGUGGAGGACAGCAAGAACAACGUUGGUUUGGACUGUUUGGGAAGAAAGAAAUCAAAGAAUCUUUAAUGAGAAGAGUAAAUCAAAGGAGAAAUUGAUUGAAGCCAUAACAGUAAAAACUGCACAUUGGGUAAAAACUAUGGACCUUUUUUUGAGAAUUCUCAACAGAUGACAUAAUAAAAUCCUGGACCGUAGUGGCACAAACAAUUAGACCUGUAGAGAGUGUAAAAAUGGUUUAGAAUCUGGGUAAUCUAGGCAGGGUAAGAAUAGGAGGUGUUUUUUAGAAACCACAAUGGAGUGGUGUUGGCCCCGUUUUCAGGACCAAUCAGUUUUGGAGAUUCAGCCCAGGCUGAAGUUAUGGCUCUCUUACAUGGAUUGAGGCUUGCAGUACAUCUCAGAGCAAGGGAAUUUCAUAUUGUAAUUUCCUGGUCCAAGAAUUUCAGAUUGGCUCCUUGGAAAUACAUACAUUCUUUUAGGGAAAUUGAUACCCUUGCAAAGAAAUUCAAUUCUACUUUUGGCUGGAUAAGGACUGCAAAUGGGUUGGCAGAUGUUCUGGCAAAGCAAGGAGUUGACAAACUUUGUUUUGGGCAAACCUGUAACCUACUGUACUUUGGGCUUUUGGGAACCUUUUAUUCCAUUUGGAUCUCUUUGUUACUGCAGUUUUGAGAGCUUUUGGGGAUGACAUCCCUGUCAUCAAACUGUGUUAACUAUUGCUUAAUUAAAUCUAAUAAAAUAAUUUACCUUUUGCCGAUCCAAAAAAGAAAGAAAGAAAGAAAGGAAGAAAGAACUUACGGUUCCCAUUUUGAAAAUUAAUUUGGAAUUUCAUGAUUGAUCAGUAUUAUGUUGUUUGUUUAGAUCAUUAUCCAUUUACACAAUGACCACAUAAGGGCACCUCAUUACAACAAAGUUGGCAUUUAGCAGUGACUUUUGUAGUAGUGGUUUGUAUAAUAGGACACUCUUUUACGGUGCUUCCAGCAAUCGACUCUACAUUAAUACUAAAAUUCGCUACAAUAGUGGUAAUCAUUCUGGUUUCUUUUCAACCAUUGAUUGCAUCAAAAACACGAAACAUAAAAGUUUGUCGGUAUUACAACGCUUUCUCUUCCUGUGCUAAAAAGCCCUUUUCGGUUUUCUCUCUUGUCCCAAAUGUGAAGACCAUCUUUAGUCUUGGAACCCGAGGAAAGCUCUCUAGGAACUUCAAACAACUUAGCUUGGAUGAGUCGGGGAAGAAGAAGCUCAAGAUUGAUGCCUAUUUGGUUCAAGGAAGACCACUGUAGCAAUUUGAACAGCCAUCAGCCACGUUGAGAAUCUCAUCAAAGGUGUCACUAAGGAUACUAAUAGAAGAUCAGGUUUGUUUAUGCUUCACUUCUCCAUCAAUGUCGGCAUCACCGGUGGUAACAAGAACAUAGAGAUCCGUAUCUCCCUUGGUGAGAGAUAAUAUUACAUUAUUAACAGACCAUCAUCUUCCACUUUUUUCGUAAGGUUCCAUUGUCUUAGUUCUCUAUAACACCAUGGUUUGCACUUAUUAGUAGUAUUAUCUUCUAAUGCAUAGAAAUAUAAUGUUUUUCUUCUUUCUUCCCACCUUAUGUUCCUUUUCCCUAAUUUAUUGGGCAGUUUCUUCUUUCUCCAUUCUAUUUGGGAGUUGAGUUCUUUCAGGUUCAGUUUUUGAGUCUUUGGUGUAGGCCAAGCUGAGAUGGAUUGUAUGUUUUUGCUGUAUAGUUUGGGGAGCCAGUCUAUUUUUUUGAAUGGAUUGAUUCCCCUUUCAUAUGUCAUUUACCAUUAAAAACUACAGCCAUAGCCUAUUGUUUCAAACAUUUGAUUUGGGCUUGCUUUCUAAGGCCCUGUUUCGCAAUGUUCCGCAAGAACGUUUUACGCGUUCCCGGUGUUCUCACGGAGUAGAAACGCAUUUUGUACAAGAAGAACAAAAAAAAUGGUGUUCUUGCAUGGAAACAACACCCAAAGAACGUGUGAUUUUUCUCCCACCACAAAGAUGAGUUAUAAACAAUCUCUAACUGAUGCGAUCUGAAAUCGUUUUUCUUGUAUUAUUUUGUUUGCAUUUGUUAUAUGUUGUGUCGAAUGCGUGUGGUUUCUUCUCUAAUCCCAUCGAUGGCUAUAUGUUAUGCCGAAUGGGUGGGGUUUCUUCUAUAAUCCCAUCAUUGUGUUUUGUUAUGUCUUUUGUUAUAUGUUAAAUAUCAUGAAGAUUGCCAUUACUGCUUGCGGGUGUUGUUGCAUCAUGGCAUGUUGGACUUUUGUUUUAUUGCUUGUGUGUUUUGUUUUGAUCCUCAAGUGAUCAAGGAUUAGGUGGUGACAAUAUGAAGACAUCGCUAUGACAAUGACACGUGUUUUUUAUGGUUAAUUUUAGGCUUAAUGUGAGUGGAUUUGCAAAACUGAUGUUAAGAAAUAGUUUCAUUAUCCAAAUGCUAUUUCUGUUCCUGUAGAACAAAAAUUCAUUCUCUAAGAACAAUUUGCCAAACGUAUCUGUUACUCCUGAAGAACAAGAAAUAAAAUUCUUGUUCUGGAACAGGAAUUUUUAAAAGAACAAGACCAGGUGGGAACAUUGCCAAACAGGGCCUAAGGCACAGAGAAAUGAGAGAAAAAGCAUGGAGAACAGAACAGGUUUUGUGAAGACAUCAUGAAGAGUAGACACAGAGCAAGGCUUGAGAAGAACGAUAGAGUAGGGACUGCUAAGCUCCACUGCUUGACUACAAAUGAAAAGAGUUUGCUCCUCUAUUGUUGCAUCUAGGGAUGAUUUUUCUGUAGGUUCAAAUGUCCCCUUGAAUCAUUGUAGUUAUUUUUGUUUUUUAUUCUUUAUGUAUUUUUCAAGUACUUGUUUAUGGUUGUUUUGUGGCGAGAAUGACUUUUUUAUUUUAUAAUUUGGAGAGAUGUUUAGUUAUCUGUGGAUUUUUAUGAAGGCUUGACCA